CAACUGGUCACACUAAGCACAAGAGAAAAAUAAGAAACCAGUUGAUUUGUCCGUGGAAUCGCACAAUAACAAUGAAAAAAGUGCUGGUCACAGGUGGAACUGGCCUUGUGGGCAAGGCCCUGGAGGCGGUGAUUAAGGAGCAGGCACCAGAAGAUGAGCAAUGGUACUUUGCCGGCUCCAAGGACGCAGAUUUGACAAAUCUGGAAGCCACGCAGGCACUCUUCGCCCGGGAGAAGCCCACUCAUGUUAUCCACCUGGCCGCAAUGGUCGGUGGUCUGUUCCACAACAUGAACAACAACCUGGACUUCCUGCGCAACAACCUGCUCAUUAACGACAAUGUCCUGCAAACGGCGCACGAACAGGGCUGCAUUAAGGUAGUCUCCUGCCUGUCCACUUGCAUAUUCCCGGACAAAACCAGCUACCCCAUUGAUGAGACCAUGGUGCACAACGGGCCACCACACCCCUCCAACUACGGCUACUCCUAUGCAAAGCGGCUGAUAGACGUGCAGAACCACGCCUAUCACGACAAAUAUGGGCGGCUCUACACCUCCGUGAUUCCUUGCAAUAUUUUCGGCCCCCACGACAACUACAAGCCCGAGGUGAGCCACGUGAUUCCGGGCAUGAUCAAUCGAAUGCACCAGCUUAUUAAGGAGCGGCCCGAAGUGCCAGAAAGCGAAAAGGUAUUCACGGUCUUUGGGAGCGGAAAGCCCCUACGUCAGUUCGUGUACUCUCUAGAUCUGGCAGAGCUCAUGAUAUGGGUGCUCAGGAACUACGACAGCGUGGAGCCCAUCAUCCUGAGUGUGGACGAAGCCCAGGAGGUUACUAUCUUCGAAGUGGCCCAGGCCAUUGCCAAGGCAUUUAGCUUUAAGGGAAAACUGGUCUGUAAUACGAGCAAAGCGGAUGGACAGUACAAGAAGACGGCGUCCAAUGCCAAGCUGCGCUCUCUGCUGCCUGACUACGCAUUUACAGACUUUGAGACGGCCAUCGAAUCGUCGGUUAAGUGGUACAAAGACAACUACGAUCAGGCCAGAAAGUAAUUCCAUAUUGAAUUCCCAGCCAAUGUAAAUAGAUUCCGUCUUUCCACAGAA